CUGGAAGUCUUGGAGGAAGUACUACUUUGUCACUUCCGCCCCCAAGUCACGACCGGACCGGCAACUUGACGCACGUCGUGCCCAGCGUCACCAGGGGGUCCCCGGGUCACUCAUGAGGCUGGAGGCCGCGGCCAGGAUGGAUGUGUUCCGGAAGCUGUGGAGGGCCAAGAACCUGAUUGUUGUGCUUUUUAUCCCGCUUUGCCUGCUGCCACUUCCGCUCCUGCACCCCACCAGUGAAGCGUGUUGUGCGUACGUGCUGAUCGUCACAGCCGUCUACUGGGUGUCAGAAGCUGUUCCUUUGGGGGCCGCCGCCCUGGUCCCCGCCUUCCUCUACCCGCUCUUUGGGGUGCUCAAGUCAAGUGAGGUAGGCGCCCACACCACGCCAACAAGAGAAGAGGCACCAUCACACAGCAGACAACAACAACAUACGCACACCUACACCGUGGGAAUGUUGAAGUGA